UGCGACACGUCGCCAUGUUGUUUUGUGUUGUUUUUAUUAAUGGCGGACAGAGUUGAGUGAAGUCUGUCACUGUACAGGUUGUUGUUCUGCGUACAAACCUUAAUGGUGGAAGGAAAACUUGAUUUAGCCAUGCAUAACAGGGGUGGUUUUCCAGUGAAAAACGUGCUAUAUGCCGUAUUUUUGUUGUUGCUAGUUUAUAUGGUCUUUUUGUACAAUGGAUCUCAAAACAAGUUGAAGGAAAUGGAAGCGUUAAGUGAACGAUGCCGUCGAGAGGCGGGCGAGCGAGUUGCUGAAAUUCAAGAUGUCAACAGAGCAAAGGACCAGCUUGAAGAAUCUUGUCAAAAUGAAAAGCAUGAAUAUGACAAUAGGAUCAAGUCUAUCAACCAGCAACAUUCAAUGCUCCAGAGCCAGUUCAAAGAAACGGAAGCGGACCUGAUGAAGCUGAAGAACGACAUGGACAACUUGCGAUCGGAGCACAUGCAAGCGGAGACCCAGCACGCCUCAGAGUACCAGCAGUUCAAGCAGCAGAAGGAGAUAGAGAUCUCCGAUUUGAAAGACCAGCUGGUCAACCGCGACAAACGUAACGAGGAGCUGUCCCAGUCGGUCGCCGCCCUGCAGCAGCAGAUACAGAGUCUGCAGUCCAUGCAGAAGUCCAAUAUCUCUGAUGCAGAUGUUGAAGAGGUCCAGCAGCAACAGGAGCAGCAGAGAGAACAAGCCGUGGAGCAAACUUUGAGGAUUGCGCAGGCACAACUGCAGGAGGAGCAACUACACAAUGAGAAUCUCAGACAAAAUUACAGUUCCUUGCAGGACGCCCAGCAGAAACUGAUGAUCCAGAACUCGCAGCUCCAGCAACAGAUCCAGACCCAGCAAAACGCAGCCGCGCAGCAGAACGCAGCAGCACUGCAGAAUGCAGCAACGCAGCAGAACGCAGCAGCGGGCAACCCGCAGCUCUUGCAGCAGCAGAACUUUCUCCCGCAGGCCAACGCCGUCCUAGGUCGCGCGCAGCUGGGCAGCCACUUUGUGAACAACAUGCAGAUCCCUCAGGUCAAAGUUAACCAAGGACUGGGCCAAGGUUUGACAGACGGGAGUGACAACCAGGCAGCUCAGACACAGUUUGGCGGCCACCCAGACUUGAACCCUGCCAAUCUGGACGGGAAUAACGAUGCCCUGGCCCGAGAAAUUGAGAAGGCCGUACCCCACCUAGAAGAUCUCAAUGCUGCUCAUCAAAUGAAACCACCCAACAAUGACGCCAACGUCGACAACAACAACAACGAUGCUGCCAAGGAUGAGGAUGGCGCUGGAGAUGGAAAAGACGACCGAGGCGUGAACCCCAACGACGAGCAGAAAGACCAGAUCCAGGAGCCCAACCUGGACGCGGCGGUGGACCGUCAGGAGGGCGGCGGCGAGGAGGCUGGGGAGGCGCACAUGGACGUGAGAAACAUGGAGGAGGUGCGAGCUGCCGACGUGCGGCAGGAGGAGGAGGACGGAGCCUUCCAGAAGCCGCAGAACCCGCUGGCGCUGGGCCAGAUGGAGGAGCCGCAGCUCCCACACGUGGACAACAACGAUGACGACGAACAGCCGGCCGACGGGAACCUGGACCAGCAGGGACCACCGAUGCUACGCGAUAAUAAUGAUGAGAACAAUGCGCAAGGGCGCGGCCUCUAAGCUGAUUGCUGCUCACAAGUUUCUAGGUGGUGCCUGAAGGUCUGGAUUCUUUUGGAUAUGGAAAAGACAGAAGCUGUUUCCGGGAUUUCUUUGUUGCCAAUAAUGAUAUAAUAUAUGGAUCUGUCGGCCUUAUCCAACGUGGAUAAGUCUUCUCUGCGAUCAAAUUCUGGACUGAAAGAAGAUUAAUGCAGCUCCACCAACAGUCGAUUUUCUUUCUUUUCGUACAAUGUUGCUAUUCAGUCUUUGUUUUCGUAGAUUUUCAAUGACUGGUCUCAUAGUCAGGACUUAAUGUUUUCUCCAUGAUUUCACAAUAUAUUAUUUCUUUCUUUCGAUAUGUGUUUAUAUCACUUUGACAACUGGACAAAUUGAUUUAGCAUAGGGAUUUUUUGCUCAUUACAUGACUCUUUACAAUGCAGAGCUGAUAUUUCCAUUCUUUUUAUUUACAGCUAUAUCAAGCUGAUUUUUUUUUCUACAAGUAAUAGCCAAAAUUUAAAAAGUACAUUAUCAUUAGCAUAAUUCAGUGCUUUUUUCUUCUUUUUUUUUUUUUUUAGUUCGGAGCAGGUAGACGUUUUUGUACGGAUUUUGUUGCCACUGUUUAUGUUUGACUUGCAAAUAUAUGAACUUGAUUGAAUGCUGUAAUGUCGUAGCUUACAUCGUCAAGUUUGAGCAGCUGGUUAUGAGUUGAGAAUGUACUAAUUACUGGAUGGAGGUGCUUGGGGAAAGAAUGGACAUGAUGAUGGUGAUGAUGAUGAACGGAUUAGUGGCGUGUCUGUAUCGUUUGCAGGGUGUCCCAAAAUGUCUUAGUUCAUUGACUAACAGCUUGGGCCAUGGAGAACGUCAGAUAAGGAUAACUGACAUUUGUUAAACACAAAUUCCCACACAACGGCAAGCUCUGUGUGCACUUUACAACCUAUUUUAUUUGAUUACCCAUGUAGGCCUACACCUAAUAGCAUUCUGAAACAAUCUCAACUUCCGGGGAAGCUUUCAUUACAAACAGACACUAGCUGGGAGGCGCAAUAGAUGUGUGCUGAAGGUUGACUUUGCCAUUGACGGAAAUCAGCCCGCAGCAAUAGCUGCGCUGUUGUAGGAAGAAAUACUAUUUACUAUAUACUAUAUUGUCUCACAAUCGAAGGUUGUGAAAGAAUGAGCUGGUCGAAGUGACCGUACGUAACUUGUGUGUGGUCUAAGGCAACAGUCAGCACAGCAGUGCCUCGUGGGAACACAUAGUUAUGCGAACAUCUGUUGAAGUUUGUGUCUAUUUCUUGAUGCUCUUUUUUUUUUUUUUAAGUUCUUUUUAGUCCCAGCUGUUGCUUAAUGAUGGUCCAAGGCUUUUGGAAUGCUCCUGAAUGUCAUGUAUUUUUUCUUUAGUUCAACGCGUUAUGGUGAUGGGUAUUUCUGUGCUGUCGAACCUGCCGUGCUGGAACCUUAUUCAGGACAGAGUCUGCUCAGUCCUCCGUUUAUACAUUCCUCUGUACUACACAACCCAGAUACUAGACGAGACGGAGAAAGUGGGUGGGUGGCGGGUGUUCUGGUAAAACUAAACUAAAAAGCUGUCAGUGGUGAAAAAUGCUUUGCCCGGUGGGUCCUGGGUUGGAAUUGAAACUCCCAACCAAGUUUGGUUCUACUGGCUCUGACUUUUAUGCCACCCCCCCUCCCCACAAACUCCCCCUUCCAUGGUUCCCUUAUAUCUAAGAUAAAAUAGGUUGCUGACAGAGUUUUGUUCUUGCUCCCUUGGGACUUGUUCUAGUACAGGUUCGACUGUACGACUUGUGUAUUUAUGUCGCAAUUCAUACAUCAUUGUGUGCAAAAGUGAGAUGAGCUACGUGAUUUUGAGUGGGAAAAAAGAAAACCAACUUUCUGUGAGCAGGAAGUUUUUGCCUUUUGAAAAGAGAGAAGAAAAAAA